AUGAAAACAAUAAGUCUAUUAAACUUAAAAGGCGGAGUUGCUAAAACAACAACAGGUGGAAAUAUAGCAAAAGGUUUAGCAAAUAGAGGCUUUAAAACGCUUUUAAUUGAUACUGAUAUGCAAGCUAAUGCAACAAGUAUUUUUCUUGAGGAUGAACGUUGGAAAGAGGAGUAUAAAGAUUUUGCAGAGUUAUUAGUUGAUGAAAAACUUGAAGAUGUUGACCAAUAUAUUUAUAACGUAAGUGAUAAUUUAGAUAUGAUUGGUUCAAGUUUAGCAGUUGCUGAAAGUGAAUUGAAAGUAAGAAAUUCAUUCAAUCGUAAUUCAUCAAACAUUGUAAAAAAAGUUUUAAAGAAACUAGAUUCUAAAUAUGAUUAUUGUAUUAUUGAUUGUGCUCCAACAAUUAAUCUAAUUACUCUCAAUAUUAUUAUUGCGAGUGAUGAAAUUAUCAUCCCAAUAAAAAUUGAUAAAUUUGCACUUGAAGGUUAUAGAACGACUUUAAAGAACAUCAAUCAAAUUAUUGAUGAUUAUGAGUUAGAUACAGAGGUGACCGUACUUUAUACAAUGGUCAACAGAAAUAAUAUUGAUAAACAAUUUAUUCAAGAAAUAUCUGGGAAUAGAUUUGAAACCACAAUACGACAUCAAGCUAAGCCAGUUACAGAAAGUGCUUUAAAGAAUGAGGUAUUAAUUGAUAGUUCUAAAAGUUCUAAAGUAAAAGAUGAUUAUUUAAAUCUUAUUGAUGAAAUAGUAAAAAGGGGUUAA